UACCGUCUGCAGACACUUUGCACGCCUAUACACGCCUGUGAGAGAAGGAAUUUGUGCGCGUUCUAACGUUUCUUUGUGAUAAUUGCUGUCGUUUGGCGACAGUCGAACAUUUGUUUGAAUUUAAAUCGAAAAGGGAGUAGGAUUCUAUGUUCCAGAACGAGAGCAACAAACGCAUCACCAAGAGAAGCUAAAUACUCCGGAUCGAGACUCAAGUACCGUGCUGGGUGUGUCAUGAUGCGUGCUAUUCUAGCCUUGAUAUGCGUGUUUUUGCAAACGGUUGCGGCUCAACGUACGCCGACAAUAUCUUACAUAUCGCAGGAACAAAUUAAGGAUAUCGGGGAAACGGUAGAGCUACUUUGUUCUGUUCAGUAUGCACAAGAAUAUCCUGUGUUGUGGAUAAAAGUUAACAAAGAAAGUGUACACGAGCAAGUGGCACUUUCUACUGGAACUGCUUUGAUAAUCAGAGACAGCAGAUUUGCCCUUAAAUAUGAUACAGCGUCUACCACUUAUAAUUUACAAAUUAAAGACAUACAAGAAACGGAUGCCGGAUUCUAUCAAUGUAGAAUACAAAUAUCUGUAAACAAUCUUAUAAGCGCGGAAGUGGAAUUACAAGUACGCAGGCCACCGAUAAUUAGCGACAACUCCACCCAAUCUCUGGUAGUUAGCGAGGGACAACCUGUCCAACUGGAAUGUUAUGCCAAUGGCUAUCCAUCGCCAAGGAUAUCGUGGCGUAGAGAAAACAAUGCUAUCCUACCCACUGGAGGUUCGAUUUAUCGUGGUAAUACACUAAAAAUAUCUUCCAUACGAAAAGAGGAUCGCGGAACGUAUUAUUGUAUCGCUGAGAAUGGCGUUGGACGCGGUGCCAGACGUAACAUUAACGUGGAGGUGGAAUUUGCGCCAGUAAUCACAGCUCCUAGGCCACGACUCGGGCAAGCUUUGCAAUAUGAUAUGGAUUUGGAAUGCCACGUAGAAGCAUAUCCUCCGCCAGCUAUUAUCUGGCUCAAGGACGACGUACAGUUGUCAAAUAAUCAACAUUACAGCAUAUCACAUUUUGCAACCGCGGAUGAAUAUACUGACACAACGAUUCGAGUUAUUACCAUAGAAAAACGACAAUAUGGAGAAUACGUAUGUCGCGCAGCCAACAAACUAGGCACUGCCGAAACAAAAGUCGAGCUUUUCGAAACCAUUAUUCCCGUUUGCCCGCCAGCUUGUGGUCAAGCUCAUUAUGGAACUGGCGUAGUUCCAAUUUCUUCUGGACCUUUGGUAGUCCUAGUUUUAUUAAUUACAAUGACAAUGAGAAAUUUCUACGCCAAAUAUUAAUUAUCCAGGCCUUCAAUGGGCAGCAGCAAAUCAAUGUGACUUCUUAAAAUGGCUCUAUGGAAUUGUCAGCUUUAUUGUUGUCGCGAUAACGUUGUAAAACCAAAAUUGUAAGGGCCUCAAUUACUGUUUUACUAAUUUACUUUCUAUAUUCGUAUCAUGCAAUUAUUUUUAUAGUUAUUUACAAGCAGAACAAUUUAUUAUCAAUGAAAUAUGCGCAUAUCGUGACAUUUCACGUCACUACAGUGCAGUUGUUGAUAGAAAUUUAGUAACAUUAUUUACACGUUCGGUUUUUUACAGUACUCUUACUUUUAGAAUUAACUUUUUAUGUGUAUAUAUAGAUAUAUAUAUAUAUUUAAUAUGUGACUUUUAUAUUACAAUUUUUAUAUUCAA